GCUCUAUCUCUUAUAAGCCUCUUGGAAUUUUCCCAAGAUUUCAUUCUAGCAAAGCAUCAUUCGACCUGUCCCAGGCCAGGGCACACACUCCCAUGUUCUGGCUGUGCUGAGCUGAUCAUCUUCUUCGGGUAAAGGAAAAGAUCAAGUCGUAGACUGUGUCGAUUUACAGAACAUAAGUCAAAGAUUGAGAUUUUCUGAUACAAGCAAAUCUAGAGAACCUUUACUAUGUAUGGUUACCAGUGCCCAAGAAGCCCCAGUGAUUUCUGGACAGAAUUGCAAAGUGACAGUCAAGGAGAGAGCAGCUUGGCUACCACACAAAUGAAUCCACCCAAACGUCGCCGAGUGGAGCAGGGUCCCAGGACAGGUGCAAAAACACCCUCAAUUCCAGGAGCUCCACACCAGGAUUUAUGCCAGUCCCUGGAACCUUCCCAGGAGCAGCAGGAUUCCAGCACAGAGGAGUUCAUCGUGAUCCUGGAAGAAGAGACAGAAGUGACCCUGGGCCUGGAAGAGGGCAUCCUCAUCCUGGCCCCAGAGACAGCCCUACAGCUGACCCUGGAUAACACGGUCCUUGUAAUUGUCCCUGAGCAGGACCUGAGGUCACCAGAUGGCCUGCAGUCCCCUGUGCAGAUCCAGUACAUCCUGCCCUCCGUUGAUGGCUUCACCUUGGAGUUCCAUGAUGAAGAUGGAGACGUCUCAGACAUGAGAAGAGAGAAUGUGCCUCUUUCGCCUGCAGAAGAGGGGGAGGCAGCACCCCUAUAUCAGCAGCCCUUGAUGAUACCCCCAGCAAACCACAUGGCUGGGAUCAGCCCUUUUCUCCCAGUAACCCCAUUGUGCAUUCCACGCCGUCUGACAGCCCUCCCCCAACGCUACCGUCUGCCACCCACACCUAGUCCAGUGCGACGCAUUAAACCGGACGACUACAUUUUCAGCCUGCAUGGUAUGGAGCUCUUGUGCACCUCCUCCCUCAGACCUAUGCCCCCUUCACCAAGUCCUGGCCCCCAGAUCUAUCACAGGAUUCACCAUAGGCCUCCUAGCAGAGCACGAAGAUGUCUCUUCAGGGAGUGAUUUAACCCAAGAAUCCCCCGUCGCAUUGACAGGUCAGAGAUUGUCAAUAGUCAGGGUCCUUGGUCAGUGCAUUCCCUGUAUGUGGAGAGACAGUAAUUCCAGGGACCUGUUGCUUCCCCUUUGCCGUUUCCCAUCAUCAUCCACUGUCUUCAACAGCAGAGGGUCCCAGAUGCUGCAGGGGCGGGGAGCCCUGCAGGGAGUUCACAUAAAAUGAUCGCAUUUCACUUCACACACACUGUCCCUUAGAAUUUCUCCUCCGGAUUUAACUGCUUAAAUCCAACCACACCGAGCUGAAUCCCUGACUCCUGCAGGUGAGAGCUGGCGGAGGUGCACAAGAGCUCCAUUCCUUGUCUUAAUCCAGGCUCCCCCGAUCCCCAGGCCGAUGUUUUUGAAUA